AUGACUGCCAAGUUGAUCAUAUUUCGCUCUCACCACGCUGAGCCUCGGACCAUCCGGUGCAGGAUCUACAUUGCCGCCGAGGCCACUGACCUUUGCCCCAGAGAGCAUGAGCUCGGCAGCUACGGUCUUCCACGUCUUUGGGCCUUCUGGGAUGAUCGAGCAUGUGGCACUUCGGAGGCGCAGCCCAGUUUCCCGCGGCCGCGCUGGCGCCCCUUCAGCGUGUUGGUGCCUCCCUUGGCCCUCGGAAGUGGCGGAGAGCUGACGGUGAAGCUGCUGGAGUCGGAUCCACUGCAGCCAAGGCCCCAAGCUCCCUUCUGCUACGGUUCAGUGAUCCUAAGCAGCUCGGAACUGCAGCCUGUGACCUAUCGCAGCGUGGUGAUCUCCAAACCCUUGGAGCGGGCGCCGGGGAAGUAUGGCCAGCUCUCCUUGGAGCUUUCCUUACAGCCCCUGGCUGACAACGUGCGCGCAGCUCCCAGCCCUGCUCUGCACCUGGCGCAUCCCAAGGACUGGUGUGGGGUGCUGCGCUUCGCAGCUGACUUUGGCGAGUUGCAGGGCCGUUGGUCCAUGGAGGCGGCUGCUUUUUGCGCGGCCGACGGCAAGGCCGGCAAGGCGUCGCCUUCCAGCGGCUUUAUCAGCUGGACGGCGGAGGGGGAAGCUACAGACGUGAAAGAACUGUUCAUCGUGGAGCGGGAUGUGGUUUUCAGUGCCCAUGCCUCCCGGGAGAACCUCACAGGUAAGUGCGUGAAGCGCCUCUCGCGCAUGCGCGGGCCGGGCGGCAGUCAGUGCAACAUGUUUGUCGAAGCGCAUCCUGAGCCGGUCCCCUUGGAAAUCGUCGGAGUGAAGCAGCCGCCGCGGAUGCAUUUGCGCUUCUUCCCAGCCGACUUUCUGCGGCCGCGCGCGGGCAUGCCGUGCGGCAUCAGUCUCCGUUUCACCUUGGCAGCGGCGCCUCCGGGGCUCGAGCUGCCCUUGGUGAUCUAUGUGCCGUCCAGCUGCUUUUCCAGCUAUGCGCAGGAACAUGCCGAGGCCAGUUUCUGUAUCAGUCACAUUGGCGACUGCGCGGAGGUUUGUUUGAUGGAUCCCUCCAAGUUGCUCGGACGCUCCCUUUGGCGCCUCUCAGCCAACUUUUCCUCCCCGGACUCUGCAGAAUCUCAGAGUUUUCUGGAUGUUCUAAGUCUCAAACUUCAUCUGGGGGAUGAGCGUGUGCUCACCAUGCCAUUGGGUGACCAUGCCAUCGUCCUGCGACUGCUGCCCAGCACGUUGCGCCUGGAUGUGCCGCGGCCGGUCUUCGGGCUCUUCCUGCCACCGGCCGAAGCGGCGGAGGAGCUGCGACUGCAUGGGGCGGAACAGGGGGAAGUGGCUGGGAUCUUUGUGCACAGCCUGGCAGUGCAUUCACCACAUGUGAGGUGUUGUUUCAUCAGUGCCGGCCCCGAUCCGGGCACCCUCUUCUACCCACUACCUCACAUGGGUGGAAAAGUCUUCAUCCCGGCACAACCCAAUGAGAAUGGCAAGAUCGUGGCCUAUGCGUUCCUACCAGACUUUGGAUACCAUGCAAUGGCUGAGACGGCCAUCGGAGACGCCUGCUCCCAGCUCCACUGGGUCUUCAACGAAGGUGCUAAGACAGCGGUGUUGGCGGCUGCCUUGAUUACCAUUGCGCGAUGGCCAGUUUCGGAGGGCCUUUCUUCAGCAUCCAUCAGCCUUCGGGUGAUGCAAACAAGUGUGCCAGAACAAGCGUCCUCGCUGCUGGCUCCGCUGAACAUCACCUUUGGGCAGUCGGACGCCUUCACCUGGUCGGGCAAGGAUGGUGAACACGAAGCGAUCUUGUCUGCAGCGGCCGGCGAUGGCAUGGAGGUGCAAUGUGGUGAAGCGGUGACGUCCAGUUUCUCGUUGCCAGAACUGUUGCUGGCGCAAUCUGCCUUGGGUUUCACUUAUGAGGAGGAGCCACAAGAAGCUGAAAGCGAAGAGUCAUACUCUGAAGAGGAGCAAACGGCCCCGAAAAAACUCGUGUUUGACGAGAAGCAGGGGAUGCUUGUGCCAACCUCCGGCAGUGACAGCGAUGAAUCCAGGGAAGCCAAGGAGGCACGUCGUGCACGACAUCGCCGACCUGAGAGGUCACGGAAACGGCCGCGACGUCGGGUGGAGGCUUUGGCACCAGGCAAUUUGUCCUUGCCAGUUAUCGUCGAGGAACGCCAGGGGAAUCAGAGUGCUAUGGCGUUUUGCUUCCUCCCCGUUCGGGUGCAGCACGUCUCAGAAAGGCCGAUGCUCCAAGGCGCCUUGGAUGCGGCCAUGCAUCGCAUCCAGAGCCCUGAACGAGAAACUGCUGGAGUGAUUUUGCUGCAGCAAUUCUCAGCCUUUGCGCGGUUGGAUGCCCAUCAAGAUCCCUCCUGUCAGGGAUGCUGGGAGCCAGUGCAUGCUCUAUCGCUCACAGCCAGUGGCCAGCUUAGAAUGAAACUGGUUUUCCUGGAGUUGCUGCGCGGGCGUCAUGCAGAACUGCAGUUCACUCUUUCCGCGGCUGUGCCGCCUCCUGGGGAGUUGUGCAUGUCUCACGAGACUGCGGCGAAUAUGUUCCUGACAGAGAGCAACAUGCACAUGCUGCACAACAAGAAGGAUGCCGCCAUGGACAACGACAUCGACAUGGAAAGCACCACCGGACCGACGGCUUCAGGCACAAGUUGCUCUGAUUCCGCCAUCGACAGCCCCGAGCAGGAGCUGAACUGUCAGAAACUCCAAGUCCUUGAGGUUUUUCGAUCCCUGGUGGAAGGCAUUAGCUGGAACCCAGAUUGGUCCAGAGAAGUUCAACUGGAUAGACUGUCUUUGGCGGCACACUCCACCCUGUGGGCCGUGGAACAGUACCUCCCGGAGACGAACCUCGCGAUUUCACCGAUGUGA